AUGUCGUCGAAGACACUUCACAACGAGCAUAUCAAGCGGCCGAUGAACGCGUUCAUGGUGUGGUCACGGGGACAGCGACGGAAAAUGGCACAGGAGAACCCGAAGAUGCAUAAUUCUGAGAUUUCGAAGAGGCUCGGUGCUGAAUGGAAGCUGCUGAGCGAAAGUGAGAAGCGACCUUUCAUCGACGAGGCUAAAAGAUUGAGAGCCCUUCACAUGAAGGAGCACCCGGACUACAAGUACCGUCCCCGUAGGAAGCCAAAAUCCCUCGUAAAGAAGGAGAACAAAUUUGGUUUCUCGAUAUCGCCUCUGAUGUCCUCAGGAGAGACCCUAGGCAAUAUAUCGAGAGGUCUGCUGCCACCUUUAGCUCCUCCAUCGCACCACACGCUGAUGAGCCACGAGGACCUCAAGAUUCCUCGUUUCUUUCCGCCUUUUCCCUAUCCUCUCUACCCAAUCCAGCACAAACUGAGCGAGGAGUUCAACGGUGGCAAACUAGCUGCAGAUCUAGCCUUCCAAGCCCUCUACGGAGGCAGCACCUUUUAUUCCAGCCAUCAAGCCAUGUCUUGGCCAGGAUUGUCAACAGCCACCUGUCUUCAACCCAACUGUGGCUGUCCAAGUCCACCGAAAGACCCUAAGAGGCCUUACUUACCCACGAAACUAGAAGAAAGGCCAUUCCCUAGCCCGGGGAAACCAGAAGACGAUGGGUUUCCGUCAGAUAGAGACUCGAGUAGGGAGGAACCUCGAUACAGAAAACUCGAGGAAGACGCAUUUUCCUCGUCGGUGGACAGGCACCAAGAAGAUAGAUCACAGGAUCGUUUCUCUUCCUCUUCUUCGUCCUCGCCCACUGAUCAGACAGAGAAGAUCAGCAAUAGUGUGCCAACGACGACGUCAACAGUGACGACGAAGGUGGAGAGCGCAUUUUCCGUGCAGAAUUUGACGUCGUCCAGCUCGAACUUGGGCGCUCAUCGAGGACACGUCAUAUGA